GCCAAGUUUUGGCUUCAUCAAACCAUCACUCCACAACCCGCGCAAUCACCUUCUCUAACUGUUAAGUAAUUCGCGCCGUCACUAACUGGUUCAUGGAGAGUUUCUCCAUUUUCACUCUCUAUUGACACCGGCACCGCCGCGCAGAGCGCAGCCGCGACGAGCAAUCCCAGCGCGAAGAGACAUCACCUUAACGCUGCCUGGUGGUGUGUCGGUGACGCUUAUCCGAAUUGUUAUCACCAUUCGAGAUGUCUUCGCUCCCGCCGCCGCCGCCGCCUCCGGGCUGGGGCCCUCCUCCUCCUCCGCCAACCCCUCCCCCGCCGGCGCCCCCGUCUUCUUCCCUUCCCCCGCCUCCGGCGAUCCCAGCGCCGCCGCCGCCAGGCUACCGUCCCCCGACUGACGCCCAUAUCGCCAAGUUUGCGCAGAAGAAGAAGGAAUGGCUCCGUAUACAACGCAACCGCUUUGGCGAGAAGCGGAAGGGCGGCUUCGUAGAGACACAAAAGGCCGACAUGCCUCCCGAACACUUGCGGAAGAUCGUCAAAGAUAUCGGGGAUGUCUCCCAGAAAAAGUACACCAGCGACAAGCGCAGUUAUCUCGGCGCGUUGAAAUUCAUGCCACACGCCGUCUUGAAGCUGCUGGAGAACAUGCCCAUGCCGUGGGAGUCGGCCAGGGAAGUCAAAGUUUUAUACCACGUCAACGGCUGCUUGACCCUCGUCAACGAGAUCCCUCGCGUCAUUGAACCCGUGUUCUUCGCACAAUGGGCCACCAUGUGGAAUACCAUGGCCAAGGAGAAGAGGGACCGGAGAUUGUUCAAGCGCAUGCGGUUCCCGCCGUUUGAUGACGAAGAACCCCCGUUGUCUUGGUCCGAGAACAUCGAAGACGUUGAGCCGUUGGAGCCUAUUCAGAUGGAUCUUGACGAGGAGGAAGAGGCGGCUGUUUACGAAUGGUUCUAUGACCACCAGCCGCUGCUGGACACCCCCCAUGUGAACGGGCCAAGCUACAAGAGGUGGAAUCUGACGCUGCCACAGAUGGCCGCUCUGUACCGUUUGAGUCGGACACUGGUGUCCGACGUGGUCGACCCAAACUACUUUUACCUCUUUGAGCUGAAGAGCUUCCUCACGGCCAAGGCGUUGAACGUGGCACUCCCCGGUGGCCCGCGCUUUGAGCCUCUCUACAAGGACAUCGAUCCCAACGACGAAGACUUUGGCGAGUUCAACGCCAUGGACCGCAUCAUCUUCCGCAACCCCAUACGCACCGAAGUCCGCGUGGCCUACCCUCACCUCUACAAUGCGCUGCCGAGGAGCAUCCACCUGUCCUGGCAUUCUCACCCACAGGUCGUCUACUCCAGAGCCGAGGAUCCCAGUCUCCCUGCCUUCUACUUCGAUACCAGCAUCAACCCGAUUUCUUCCAGGGCUGUUGUUCCCAAGAAUAUUACAGUGAGCCAUGAGGAUGAGCUCUUUGGUCAAGGCAGCAUCGAAGAGCCAGAGGAGGAGGCGUUCGAGCUCCCAGCCACAAUUGAGCCUUUCUUUGCGGACGAGUCUCUAGCUACCGAGGACACCGCCGCUGCCAUUGAGUUAUGGUGGGCACCCUUCCCCUUUGACCGGCGGUCUGGCCGCAUGGUGCGAGCCCAGGAUGUCCCGCUCGUCAAGCACUUCUAUCUGGAACACUGCCCGCCCAAGCAACCAGUCAAAGUCCGCGUCUCCUACCAGAAGCUCCUGAAGACCUACGUACUCAACGAGCUACACAAGAAGCGGCCCAAAUCGCUACAGAAGCAGAACCUGCUCAAGACCCUGAAGCAGACAAAGUUCUUCCAGCAGACGACAAUCGACUGGGUGGAAGCCGGCCUUCAGGUCUGCCGCCAAGGCUUCAACAUGCUCAAUCUCUUGAUCCAUCGCAAGAACCUCACAUACCUCCAUCUCGACUACAACUUCAACCUGAAGCCUGUCAAAACAUUGACGACCAAGGAGCGGAAGAAGUCACGAUUCGGAAACGCCUUCCAUUUGAUGCGCGAGAUCCUGCGCCUGACCAAGCUCAUUGUGGAUGCCCAGGUGCAAUACCGGCUCGGGAACAUCGAUGCGUUCCAGCUCGCCGAUGGCAUCCACUAUGCAUUCAACCACGUCGGGCAGCUGACCGGUAUGUACCGGUACAAAUACAAGCUCAUGCACCAGGUCCGUACUUGCAAGGAUUUGAAGCAUUUGAUCUACUACCGGUUCAACACUGGCGCCGUCGGCAAAGGGCCAGGCUGUGGCUUUUGGGCGCCUUCCUGGCGGGUCUGGCUGUUCUUCAUGCGGGGCAUCAUCCCGCUGCUCGAGCGUUGGCUAGGGAAUCUUCUCUCGCGUCAGUUCGAAGGCCGCCACAGCAAGGGUGUGGCCAAGACCGUGACGAAGCAGCGUGUCGAGUCGCACUUUGACUUGGAGCUGCGUGCUUCGGUCAUGGCCGACCUGAUGGACAUGAUGCCGGAAGGGAUCAAGCAGAACAAGGUCAACACGGUUCUGCAGCAUUUGUCCGAGGCCUGGCGGUGCUGGAAGAGCAAUAUUCCCUGGAAGGUCCCCGGUUUGCCCGCCGCCAUUGAGAACAUUAUCCUGAGAUAUGUCAAGGCUAAGGCGGACUGGUGGAUUUCGGUUGCCCACUACAAUCGAGAGCGCAUCCGCAGGGGUGCCACUGUCGACAAGACCGUGGCCAAAAAGAACGUGGGGCGUCUCACACGGUUGUGGCUCAAGGCGGAGCAGGAGAGACAGCACAACCACAUGAAGGACGGUCCGUAUGUCUCGUCCGAGGAAGCCGUGGCCAUUUACACGACAACGGUCCAUUGGCUCGAGUCGCGCAAGUUUUCGCCCAUUCCCUUCCCGAGCGUCUCCUACAAACACGACACCAAGAUCCUCAUUCUGGCACUUGAGCGGCUGCGGGAGGCGUAUUCCACCAAGGGCCGUUUGAACCAGAGCCAGCGUGAAGAGUUGGCUUUGAUCGAGCAGGCCUACGACAGCCCUGGUACCACCCUGGAGCGGAUCAAGCGCUUCCUGCUCACCCAACGUGCCUUCAAGGAGGUUGGCAUUGAUAUGAACGACAACUACAGCACCAUCAAUCCUGUCUAUGACAUCGAGCCCAUCGAGAAGAUCAGCGAUGCGUAUCUCGACCAGUAUCUCUGGUACCAAGCGGACCAGCGCCAUCUCUUCCCUGCCUGGAUCAAGCCUUCGGAUUCUGAGGUCCCGCCGCUCCUCGUCUACAAGUGGGCGCAGGGCAUCAACAACCUCGACAAGGUCUGGGAAACGACGAACGGCGAGUGCAAUGUCAUGAUUGAGACGCAGUUGUCAAAGGUCUACGAGAAGAUUGAGUUGACGCUGCUCAAUUCACUCUUGCGACUUAUCAUGGACCACAAUUUGGCCGACUACAUCACGGCCAAGAACAACGUCACGCUCACUUACAAGGACAUGAGCCAUGUUAACAGCUACGGCUUGAUUCGUGGUCUUCAGUUCUCUGCCUUCGUCUUCCAGUACUACGGCUUGAUUCUCGAUCUUCUCCUUCUCGGUCCCCAGCGAGCGAGUGAGAUAGCGGGACCUCCCCAGAAUCCCAACGACUUCCUCCAGUUCCAGGAUCGUGAGACGGAAACAAGACAUCCGAUUCGGCUCUACACCAGAUACAUUGACAAGAUUUGGGUAUUUUUGCGGUUCACCGCCGAUGAGUCCAGAGACCUCAUUCAGCGAUUCCUGACGGAGCAGCCUGACCCCAACUUCGAGAACGUCAUUGGCUACAAAAGCAAGAAGUGCUGGCCCAGGGAUUCUCGAAUGCGGCUCAUGAGACACGACGUGAAUCUUGGCCGGGCCGUUUUCUGGGACCUUAAGAACCGGCUUCCGAGGUCGGUCACGACGAUUGAGUGGGAAGACACGUUUGCCAGCGUCUACAGCAAGGACAACCCCAAUCUCCUCUUCUCCAUGUGUGGCUUUGAGGUUCGCAUCUUGCCCAAGCUUCGCAACCAGAAUGACGAGUUCCCCGUCAAGGACAGCGUUUGGUCGCUUGUGGACAACACAACCAAGGAACGGACUGCACAUGCCUUCCUGCAGGUGACGGAGGAGGACAUCCAGAAAUUUAACAACCGUAUCCGCCAGAUCCUAAUGUCAUCCGGCUCUACCACCUUCACCAAGAUUGCCAACAAAUGGAACACCGCUCUGAUCGCCCUGUUCACAUACUACCGCGAGGCUGCCGUGUCGACAGUCAACCUUCUUGACACAAUUGUCAAGUGCGAGACAAAGAUCCAGACACGUGUCAAAAUUGGCCUAAACUCGAAAAUGCCCUCCCGUUUCCCGCCGGCCGUGUUCUACACGCCAAAGGAACUCGGCGGCCUUGGCAUGCUUUCGGGCUCGCACAUUUUGAUUCCAGCAAGUGACAAACGCUGGUCCAAGCAAACCGAUGUCGGUGUCACGCACUACCGUGCGGGCAUGUCCCACGACGAAGAGACGUUGAUACCGAAUAUCUUCCGCUACAUCAUCCCAUGGGAGGCCGAGUUCAUCGAUUCGCAGCGCGUGUGGACCGAGUAUUCGCAGAAGCGACUCGAGGCAAACCAGCAGAACCGGAGACUCACGCUUGAGGAUCUAGAAGACAGCUGGGAUCGCGGUUUACCCCGAAUCAACACCUUGUUUCAAAAGGAUCGCAGCACGCUGAGCUUUGACAAGGGGUUCCGUGCCCGGGCGGAGUUUAAAAUCUACCAGCUCAUGAAGAGCAACCCCUUCUGGUGGACCAGUCAGAGACAUGACGGCAAGCUCUGGAAUCUCAACGCAUACCGCACCGAUGUCAUCCAGGCACUGGGCGGUGUUGAAACCAUUUUGGAGCACACUCUCUUCAAGGCGACGGGCUUCCCGUCCUGGGAAGGCCUGUUUUGGGAAAGGGCUUCGGGCUUUGAGCAGUCCAUGCAAUUCAAAAAACUGACCAACGCCCAACGUUCCGGUUUGAACCAAAUUCCGAACCGGCGCUUCACGCUUUGGUGGUCACCAACGAUCAACAGAGCAAACGUGUACGUGGGUUUCCAGGUGCAGCUCGAUCUUACUGGAAUUUUCUUGCACGGCAAGAUUCCGACCUUGAAGAUCUCUCUCAUCCAAAUCUUCCGCGCCCACUUGUGGCAGAAGAUCCAUGAGUCUGUCGUGAUGGAUCUCUGCCAGGUCUUCGACCAAGAGUUGGAGGCUCUGAGCAUCGAAUCGGUGCAAAAGGAGACCAUUCACCCUAGAAAGUCGUACAAGAUGAACAGCUCCUGCGCGGAUAUCCAGCUGUUCGCAAGUCACAAGUGGAACGUCACCCGCCCAUCACUGCUCUUCGACAACAAGGAUGUGAUCGAGGCAACCACGACAAGCAAGUUCUGGAUUGAUGUGCAACUCCGCUAUGGCGAUUACGACUCGCACGACAUUGAGCGAUAUGUCAGGGCGAAGUAUCUUGACUACACCACGGACAGCAUGAGUCUGUACCCAUCACCUACGGGUUUGAUGAUUGGCAUUGACCUGGCGUAUAACCUGUACUCGGCUUACGGUCAGUAUUUUCCUGGCUUGAAAACGUUGAUCCAGCAGGCCAUGGCCAAGAUCAUGAAGGCGAAUCCUGCGCUCUACGUCUUGCGCGAGCGGAUCCGCAAGGGGCUGCAGCUCUACGCGUCCGAGAGCAACCAGGAGUUUUUGAACUCUCAGAAUUAUUCCGAAUUGUUCAGCAACCAGACACAGCUCUUCAUCGAUGACACCAACGUCUACCGGGUCACGAUCCACAAGACUUUUGAGGGCAACUUGACAACGAAGCCGAUCAACGGAGCCAUCUUCAUCUUCAACCCGCGAACCGGCCAACUCUUCCUCAAGAUCAUCCACACGAGCGUCUGGGCUGGGCAGAAGCGUCUCGGCCAGCUUGCAAAGUGGAAGACGGCUGAAGAAGUCGCAGCCUUGAUUCGAUCGCUUCCAGUCGAAGAGCAGCCCAAGCAGCUCAUCGUCACCCGCAAGGGCCUGCUUGAUCCUCUCGAGGUCAACCUUCUGGAUUUCCCCAACAUCUCCAUCCGUGCCUCGGAGUUACAGCUUCCUUUCCAGGCUGCCAUGAAGGUUGAGAAACUGGGUGACAUGAUUUUGCGCGCCACCGAACCGCAGAUGGUGCUCUUCAACCUCUAUGACGAGUGGCUGAAGAGUAUCUCGUCGUACACGGCAUUCUCUCGCCUGAUUCUCAUUCUGAGGGCGUUGCAUGUCAACCAGGAUAAGACGAAACUCAUCCUGCGACCCGACAAGACGGUGAUCACGCAAGAUCACCAUAUCUGGCCAUCGCUCUCAGAUGAUGAUUGGAUCAAGGUCGAAAUGCAGCUGAGAGAUCUGAUCCUUAACGACUACGGCAAGAAAAACAAUGUGAACGUGUCCAGUCUGACGACCAGCGAAGUUCGGGAUAUUAUCCUGGGUAUGGAGAUUUCGGCGCCGUCUUUGCAGAGGCAGCAGGCGGCCGAGAUUGAGAAGCAACAGCAGGAGCAGCAGCAGCUGACGGCUGUCACAACCAAAACUCAGAACGUGCACGGGGAGGAGAUUAUCGUCACGACAACGUCGCAAUUUGAGCAGCAGACGUUCGCGUCCAAGACGGAGUGGCGCACGCGGGCCAUCGCCACGUCCAACCUGCGCACAAGGGCCAACAAUAUGUACGUGGCGCCGGUGGAUAGCGACGUGGACGACAUCACGUACGUGAUGCCGAAGAACAUCCUCAAGAAGUUCAUUACGAUCGCCGACCUCCGGGUUCAGGUGGCUGGAUACCUGUACGGCGCCUCGCCCGCCGACAACGACCAGGUCAUGGAGAUCAAGUGCAUCGUCUUGGUCCCGCAGAUCGGCGGGUUACGCAACGUCCAGCUGCCGCAGAAUCUCCCGCAGCACGAGCUGCUCAAGGGCAUGGAGCCGCUCGGCGUCAUCCACACAAUGUCCGGCAACGAGCUCCCCUACAUGUCUGCCAUGGACGUCACGACCCACGCCAAACUUGUCGAUGCCCACCCGACUUGGGAUGAGCAAAAGACGCUCACGGUCACGGUGUCGUUCACGCCUGGUAGCGUGUCGCUCUCCGCGUGGGCUCUCACCCCGCAGGGCUUCAAGUGGGGCCUGGAUAACAAGGACCUCGGCAGUGACCAGCCGCAGGGCUUCACGACAGCCAUGGGCGAGAGGCGGCAGCUGCUGUUGAGUGACAAGUUCAAGGGGUUCUUUUUGGUACCUGACGGCGGCAAGUGGAAUUACAGCUUCAUGGGGAGUGCGUUCAGCGGGCUGGAGAAGAAGCCAAUACAUGUCAAGCUGGACACGCCCAUGCCGUUUUAUAGUGAUCAGCACCGACCUAUUCACUUCUCGAGCUUCAAUGAGUUGGAGGAUAUUUGGGUUGAUAGGCAGGACAACUUUGCUUAGCCAAGUUGCUGUCUGGUGACAGGAGAAACGGGAGCGGCUUGCGGACUGGCGGGCAUCAAGCAGAUGAGAGUGGCCUCGGGAGCGACAUCAAGUUGUUUCAUCAGCUCUCUUGGACUCCGAUUGGCGUUUAUUUGUUAAUUGUAUUAUGUUGCUUCGGGGGUUGCGUCACGUAUGUGGUUUGCGCGCGGUCUCUUAUAUCUCUGGAACGAAGGAAUACUGUAACAUGGUUUUAUGUAUGUACCUGUAUAUGGUAGUGAGGGAUGGAAAUAAUGACC